AUGAUUGCCUGGGAGAGCGCGCGAGCGCUGCGCGAGGGCAACAGCGGGCGGCCAUCAGAGCAGCAGCAGCAGCACAAAAGAGCAGCAGCAGCAGCAGAAGCAGAAACAGCAGCAGAAGCAGCAACAGCAGCAGCAGCAGCCGCAGCAGAACACAGCGUCGCUGGGGGAGAAACAGAGGCGGCGAAGCCUCAGCAAGAUGUCAGAGAUGCACAGGCGCACGAAGGCCAGCAGCAGCAGCAGCAGGAGCAGCAGCAGCAGGAGCAGCAGGAGCAGCAGCAGCUGGAGCAGCAGCAGCAACAGCAGCAGCAAGAGAAUGCGACAGAGACGGAGUCCGGGACAGGUGCGGAGGCGGAGGUGCAGCAGCAGCAGAAGCAGCAACAGCAGCACGAGCUUGUGGUGAGCAGCUCGCAGUUCAACUGCGGCGACAGCAGCAGCAAAAACACCUUCUCACCCGCCUCACCAGGAGCAACAGCAGCAACAGCAGCAGCAACAGCAGAAGCAGAAAGUGGCGCUGCAGUACUAGGGGAUGGCUGCGUAGCACGAACCAGCUCGGAUGACCCUGACCACCAGCUUGCUGCUGCAGCACCUGGCGCAGCAGCAGCAGCAGCUGCUGCUGCUGCUGCAACAGUGGGAGCAGCAAGAGUGCGGAGGGCCUCGACAGGGGAGCUGCUGCUGCGGACUAAUCGGCAGCAGCAGCCGCAGCAACAGCAGCAGCAGGACAGGAAGCCAGACACGGGCAUGCGGCAUUCCGCUUCGCAGCAGAAACUUUCUCAGUCGCUGCAGCAGCAGCAGCAGCAGCAUGGGGAGGGGCAGCAGCCGCAAGAGCUUGAAGAGCAGCAAGAGGAAGCAGCAGAGGGGCCCACCAAUGCUGACGGGCCCAGCAGCA